GCAGGCAUCACCCGCUUCCGGUCUCACUGUCAGCUCGGGCUGCAGCGAGGGGAGAGGGCUUAAGAGCUCGUCAACUCCGGGAAAACUUCGUCGCCAGACAGGACUGGGGUUUUCGGGCUUCCCCAGCCCUCCCACGCCGGGUCACACAGCUAGCAUUAAAGUGGCGCGGCAACUAUCGCUGCUGUCCGCCAGGCAGGUUCUGAGCUGCAGAGACCCGGGCGACCGGCAGCGCCGCUUCAGCACCGAAUGCACCCGGGACGUGGCCGCCGCCAUCCAGGGGCUCCUGGCGGGGGACAGCGGGUGCAAGGAGACUUUGCGCCACGAUGCUUUGUUUUCCUGCCGCAGGAACGCGAGGCGGUCGCUUUCCACCAGACUUAACCCGCCCGCAGCAAUAGCCAUGGAAGUUGCAGCGGCGGCGCAGAGCGAGAGGGGACCCCGUGGCGCGGCAUCUUUUUUGGAUGUUUCUCCUCCUCACGGGUCACUUCUUUCCUCCUUUGGUGGCCGUUCCUGCAGCAGCCCCGCCGGUGUGUCAGCCCAAGAGCACCACUAACGGGCACCAACCCCACCCGGCUCCUCGCCUCUCCAUUUCCUCCCGCGCCACGGUGGUAGCCAGAAUGGAAGGCGCCUCCCAGGGGGGCCUGCAGACCGUCAUGAAGUGGAAAACCGUGGUUGCGAUCUUUGUGGUCGUGGUGGUCUACCUCGUCACGGGAGGUCUCGUCUUCCGGGCACUGGAGCAGCCCUUUGAGAGCAGCCAGAAGAACACCAUCGCCCUGGAGAAGGCGGAAUUCCUGCGGGAUCACAUCUGCGUGAGUCCCCAGGAGCUGGAGACGUUGAUCCAGCACGCCCUUGAUGCUGACAAUGCGGGAGUCAGUCCCAUAGGAAACUCCUCCAACAGCAACAGUCACUGGGACCUGGGAAGUGCCUUUUUCUUUGCUGGAACUGUCAUCACCACCAUAGGGUAUGGGAAUAUUGCUCCAAGCACUGAAGGAGGCAAAAUCUUUUGUAUUUUAUAUGCCAUCUUUGGGAUUCCACUCUUUGGUUUCUUAUUGGCUGGAAUUGGAGACCAACUUGGAACCAUCUUUGGGAAAAGCAUUGCAAGAGUGGAGAAGGUCUUUCGAAAAAAGCAAGUGAGUCAGACCAAGAUCCGGGUCAUCUCAACCAUCCUGUUCAUCUUGGCUGGCUGUGUUGUGUUUGUGACGAUCCCUGCUGUCAUUUUUAAAUAUAUCGAGGGAUGGACGGCCUUGGAAUCCAUUUAUUUUGUGGUGGUCACUCUGACCACGGUGGGAUUUGGUGAUUUUGUGGCAGGGGGAAACGCUGGCAUCAAUUACCGGGAGUGGUAUAAGCCCCUAGUGUGGUUUUGGAUCCUGGUCGGCCUUGCCUACUUUGCAGCUGUCCUCAGUAUGAUCGGAGACUGGCUGCGGGUUCUAUCCAAAAAGACAAAAGAAGAGGUCGGUGAGAUCAAGGCCCACGCAGCCGAGUGGAAGGCCAACGUGACGGCCGAGUUCCGGGAGACCAGGCGGCGCCUCAGCGUGGAGAUCCACGACAAGCUGCAGCGGGCAGCCACCAUCCGCAGCAUGGAGCGCCGGCGCCUGGGCCUGGACCAGCGGGCCCACUCGCUGGACAUGCUGUCUCCAGAAAAACGCUCCGUCUUCGCCGCCCUGGACAGCGGCCGCUUCAAGGCCUCGUCCCAGGAGAGCAUCAACAACCGGCCCAACAACCUGCGCCUUAAGGGGUCGGAGCAGCUCAAUAAGCACGGACAAGGGGCCUCUGAGGACAACAUCAUCAACAAGUUCGGGUCCACGUCCAAACUCACCAAGAGGAAAAACAAAGACCUCAAAAAGACCUUGCCUGAGGAUGUUCAGAAAAUCUACAAGACCUUCCGGAAUUACUCUCUGGAUGAAGAGAAGAAGGAGGAGGAGACAGAAAAGAUGUGUAACUCAGACAACUCCAGCACAGCCAUGCUGACCGAGUGCAUCCAGCCUCAGGCUGAGCUGGAGAACGGAAUGGUACCCACAGACACCAAAGACAGGGAGCUUGAGAACAACUCGCUACUUGAAGACAGAAACUAAACGUCAAAGAUGUUGGACUUGGACUAAGCAUUGUGUGGUCUUUUCUUUUUUUUUAAAUAUAUAUAUAUAUAUAUAUAUAUAUAUUCACACUGAGACACGUGCCUUAAACAGACUUCUUGUUAGUCCAAAAUUACAUAGCAUUGAAGAAUAUAUUUCACUGUGCCAUAAACGACUGAAAGCUUGCUCUGCCAAAAUGAGUCAAAGAACAAGAGGUUCAUUUCAGAUAGCAGCCGGAGGACACACCGGGGGCGUGCGCUCCUGCACACAGCAAGCAGGUGCACGUGGCAGGUUCCACCAUAGGUGGGAAGGUGGAUGCAGUACCACCGUGCAGCGCUGCCCUGGCACAACACUAGACAAGGGCAGCUGUUCCUUAGGCCAGCCUCCGACAGGAGCAGUUGUGUCUUUUAGGUUUCCUCAACUUACCAUCCGUGAUAUGUCACACGGUGGUGGGGGGCGCUGUUCGCUGGUGAGCUGGGAACUAACUGCAACUAGGUUUAGAGUUGACGUUUUGGCAUGUGCUCUGAGCUUGAAUUUUGAUACAAACCAUUCCGUGCGUAAUACCUACUCUUUCUGAGCUCCAAAUGAAUGUCCGUGGGACCCGAGAGCACCUGGAAUUUGUUGGAAGUGGAUCAGAGCACACGUAUUAAAAGGUGCAAUUGCUUUUUCUCAUUACAAAAAAAAAAAAAAAAAAAA